AUGAGCGAGCGCUCAGGUGUGAGCUUUGAAUGCCCAGAUGUGAGAGCCAGCCCGGGCUACAGUGACUACACAAGCGAGCAUCUCGCUGGUGAGGCAGAUUUACGUCAGGGGGACAAUAUUCGCUUUUGGCUAUGUCUAAAGCCCGGCUUGGCUUAUGUAGGUACCUGCCAAUCGAUGCACUGUCCUUCACAAAAAACUGAGUACAACGGGUUGACGGUCUGCAAUGUUGGCAUGGGCACCCAUCGGCCAAACGAGCAUAUGUGCGACGGUGCCAUCCUUUGUCCAGCAUGCAAGGCGCCUUUCAAGCCAGAGGAGUUCUUCUUUCAGUACUGUUCAGCCAAAGUGAAGUUCUGCAUAGAACAUCAGGAAAACGACGAGUUUUCUUUCUCGGAGAACCGCAAAAACAAGGGGCGAGUCUUUGGAAAGCGUGGCAAGGUUGUGCGCUACACUAUGCUCAGGAUGGAGGUUCGCAAGCCCGGCAUGUUUAGUGAAACUCUGGUUUCCAGGAUGGACCCAAGGACGAUCCGCUACUCCCAGGAAUCAAUCAGCCCCAAGUUUGCUGGUGGAAAAGACGUCAGGACAACUUCGAAGGAGUUGCGGGAAGGCGCCAUCUCAGUCAGCGAUGUUCCUCCCAUCCACGUGUUCCGGUGGAACGGAAAGUGGCAUUCGUCUGACAACCGGCGGCUUUGGACAUUCAAGGAUGCUGGAGUUGAGAGCGUGCCCGUCAUCUAUAUCGACAAGGAGCAGGUCCAGCACAGUAAACUCACUACGAAGGACCAUGGCCAGUCUAUCAAAUUUAGAUACCCAUAG